GACGGGUCCGCGCGGAUGGCGGCGGUGGCGGCUGUAGCGGCGAUGACGGCUGCGGGCUGCGGAGGGGCUGGCGCGGCCCGCUCCCUCUCCCGCUUCCGAGGCUGCCUGGCCGGCGCGCUGCUCGGGGACUGCGUGGGCUCCUUCUACGAGGCGCAAGACCCCGUCAGCCUGACGUCAGUCCUGCGUCACGUCCAGAGCCUGGAGCCGGACCCCGGCUCGCCCGGGAGCGCCCGGACAGAAGCAUUGUACUACACAGAUGACACAGCUAUGGCCAGGGCCCUGGUGCAGUCCCUGCUGGCCAAGGAGGCCUUCGACGAGGUGGACAUGGCUCACAGAUUUGCUCGGGAGUACAAGAAAGACCCUGACCGGGGCUACGGUGCUGGAGUGGUCACUGUUUUCAAGAAGCUCCUGAGCCCCACGUGCCGUGAUGUCUAUGAGCCUGCCCGGGCCCAGUUCAACGGGAAAGGCUCCUACGGCAACGGGGGGGCCAUGCGGGUGGCCGGCAUCUCCCUGGCCUACAGCAGUGUCCAGGAUGUGCAGAAGUUUGCCCGGCUCUCAGCCCAGCUGACACACUCGUCCUCCCUGGGUUACAACGGUGCCAUCCUGCAGGCCCUGGCUGUGCACCUGGCUUUGCAGGGUGAGUCGUCCAGUGAGCACUUCCUCCAACAACUCCUGGGCCACAUGGAAGAGCUGGAGAGUGAUGCCCAGUCGGCCUCGGAUGCCAGGGAGUUGGGCAUGGAGGAGCGUCCGUACUCCAGCCGACUGAAGAAGAUUGGAGAGCUUCUAGAGCAGGACUCAGUGACCAGAGAGGAGGUGGUGUCUGAGCUAGGGAAUGGCAUUGCUGCCUUUGAAUCUGUGCCCACCGCCAUCUACUGCUUCCUGCGCUGCAUGGAGCCCGACCCCGAGAUCCCCUCUGUCUUCAAUAGCCUCCAAAGGACUCUGAUCUAUUCCAUCUCCCUUGGUGGGGACACAGACACCAUUGCCACCAUGGCUGGGGCCAUUGCUGGCGCCUACUAUGGGAUGGAACAAGUGCCAGAGAGCUGGCAGCAAAGCUGUGAGGGCUAUGAGGAGACAGAUAUCCUGGCCCAGAGCCUGCACCGGGUCUUCCAGAAGAGUCUGUGAGGGCCACAACUGCUGGGACUCUGCCGUGUCCAGCGGGACCUACUGCAGCUGAGACUGGGAACCCUGAAGUUCCCCAGGCUUGGCUCCCUGCCUCAGUCUUCCUGCAGUGUGGGUGGAGUGCACCCUUGGGGCUGGGGUCUUUUUGGGGGAAGUCAUUGGAACGGCGUGUGAGGGACUGGUGCCUCCCUGGGGCUGGGUUUCUGGCUGGUGCAGAGCCUUGGGCACUCACAGCUCCUCAGUCAGACAUGAGAGACCAGGGCAGGUUUUAUUUUGGAGCAGUACUCGUGGCAUUUUCCUUUAUUAUCUAGGACAUGGGAUUUGGGGAGGUGGAAAUGAUCUGCAGUAUCAUCAUUUCUCCUUGUUGGCAUUUAGCCAUUUUGCCAGAAAGCCUGUCUUUGACUGGGUAAGGCCCCCGAGCAGCAAGGUUAUAUGGAUCAAGGGGACAGACACUUGAAUCCAGCUGAUCUAGAUACACACCUGGCCCUUGGCUGUCGUGGGCUUGUUAACAGCUUCCAGUGGAAGUCAACAGCAAUAAACAGCUUUCGGUAAAUCCCA